AUGAGGAAGCAACAUCCAGGAAGAUACGAGCCCGCUUCCUACUGGCUACACUCAGACCUGUCCAUCUCAUCGCUGGACGGUGAGGAGGGCGAGACCCUCCGCCGAGGGGCGCUCGCCGCCGCCUGCGCGGACGCUGUGGCCGCCUACGCCACUCUGGAAGGUUCGCGCGUCAGGGACUCCAUCGCUGCGCACGCUCGCCGCGCGCUAGAGAGGGAGAGGCAGAUCGAUGAGAAGAAUGAGAUUAUUGCUGAUCUGUCUUCUAAGCUCUCAGUAGCGGAGGUGGAGUUGCGUGCCGCGGCGGAGGAGCGCGACAAGUUGCUGAACGACGCGAACUACAACAGCCUCCAGAACGACGAGGCGGUGACGCGCGCCAGGCAGGAGCGCGACGAGGCCAUCGAAAGGAAAAAGGCUGCUGAGGUGGCCCUGGCAAAGACUAGAGUAGAGUUGAUGCAAGCCAACAGCCAGUUGUACGAAGCUGUGCGCCAGAAGGUGGACCUUGGACAGCAGUUGGAGCAGUGGCAGAUGGACAUGCAAGAGCUGAUCGACGAGCAGAUGAAGCACAAGCUGACGACGCAGGAGAAGCGCAGGAAGCUGCCGGAACAGCCGCCGCCCACGCGCACCUCCAGGAUCCUCGGAUUUUUUCACCGGUGA